AUGCGUAUUACACUAAACCUAUUCUCAUCCGUUUCGGCCAAAGAUGCAGUCCCCUUUUCCGUCACACAAGUAGCCAUAACCCUAGAAAACUUAGAUCAACCACCAUCAACCAAGAUUCUCGGGGAAGUUAAGGAAGAUCAUCAAGAAAGAAAAGAGAAAAUCCCAAAUCAGAAAAUCGAAAGCCUCUCUUUUCCGUCCCCUCCCACGUCAAACCUUUACGAUUCACACCCAAACAUCGACGUUGUAUUGGAGUUCUUGUUUACUAUUUCCGAUUCCACCUUAAUCGACGCCUCAUUCGAUGGCCUUGUCGAAUCCAUGUCUACUGACCACAAUCCUGACCACAUAAUCAAGGUUUUCUCUAUCCUUGAUACACGAAGCCUAUUCUUUGUUGGGGCUACCUGUUCGUUUUUUCAGAAAGGGCAAACUAGGAAUACCCAACAGUACAAAAUUAGAUUGCAAAUAUCUCUACUAAUAUGUUGGUGGAGGAAAAGAAAGAAUCGGCUAUGCAUGCCACAAAUUACUGAUGUGCUUCUUGAAAUUGAGGAGGAAAAAGCAAUACGGUCCACGUCCAAAACACAAAAAGCUUCUGUAGAAGCCAUUAAAAGAAAAUCAAAGUUUUAUAAUGAUGAAAUUGCUUUGUUAACAAAUACAAUAUUAGAGGAAAAAAGGGGUGUGGAGAAAGCAAUCAGGUUUACCCAUAUCCUUUAG